UCUUGUAGCCAGGCUUCCCCAGCUGUUCCGCUCCACCUCAGUGAGCCUGCGCAAUGGCCACUCGUCAAGUGUAGGAAACCAAUAGCGCGUCUGAAUAGCCGAACCGGGAGAGAGGGAGAGACAACACACACACACACACACACACACACACACACGGAGAGACACAGUGAAAACAGACGGGAUGAAGCACGGGCGCGCGGACUGUUUGCUCCGGUAAACAAGCGGAGCAGGAGCCUGGAAAUCACCGGCGGAAAGCGGAGGGGGGGAUUUCGGGGACACAGCCAUGGCGACGGGAGGAGGAGGAGGAGUGAGGCGGAGGAGGAAAGCGGGGCUCCCGGGAUUCUGCUGGAAAACCUGCUACUUUCCUAUUUUGUUCUGGGUCGUUUCCGUCUGCGGGGAGGAGAAGACGCUGAUUGUGGAGACGUGGCUGGAGAACUACGGCUACCUGCUGCCUCACGACGUCCGCACGUCAGAUCUACGAGAGGAGAACGCCAUGCAGUCUGCCGUGGCUGCCAUGCAGCGCUUCUACGGCAUCCCUGUGACGGGAGUACUGGACAAGACGACUAUAGAGUGGAUGAAGAGACCUCGCUGUGGCGUCCCAGAUCGUUCCCAUAUCUUCUACCGGCCGAGGAAUAAACGCUACGCUCUGACGGGACAAAGAUGGAGAGAUAAAAAGAUCUCCUACAGCAUAUCUAACUUCACCCCUAAAGUGGGAGAGAAGGACACCCAGAGAGCGAUUCGACAAGCCUUCAACGUGUGGCAGGCGGUCACUCCGCUCUCCUUCCAGGAGGUGCCGUACUCAGAGAUCAAGAACGAGGGUAAGGAGGCUGACAUCAUGAUCUUCUUCGCCUCGGGUUUCCAUGGUGACAGCUCUCCUUUUGACGGAGAGGGGGGUUUCCUGGCCCACGCCUACUUCCCCGGCGCCGGCAUCGGAGGAGACACACACUUUGACUCUGACGAGCCCUGGACACUGGGCAACGCCAACCACGAUGGUAAUGAUUUGUUCCUGGUGGCGGUCCAUGAGUUGGGUCACGCGUUGGGUUUGGAGCACUCCAACGAUCCCAGUGCCAUCAUGGCUCCUUUCUACCAGUACAUGGACACGCACAACUUCAAACUGCCUCUGGACGACCUGCAGGGCAUCCAGAAAAUCUACGGCAUCCCCACUGCCAUGCUCGAGCCCACUCGGCCGUUACCCACCUUACCAUCUCGACGGACACACUCCACCUCCGAACGCAAGCAUGACCGUCACUCCCGUCCGGCGCGCCCACCCGGCGACCGGCCCGCACUGCCUGGAAACGGCAAACCCAACAUCUGUGACGGCAACUUCAACACCGUGGCCUUCUUCAGACGGGAGAUGUUUGUCUUCAAGGACCGGUGGUUUUGGCGUCUGAGGAACAACAAGGUGCAGGAGGGUUAUCCCAUGCAGAUCGAUCAGUUCUGGAAGGGCCUGCCGCCUCGCAUCGAUGCUGCCUACGAGAGAUCUGACGGCAAAUUUGUCUUCUUCAAAGGAGAUAAGUACUGGGUGUUUAAGGAGGUGACGGCUGAGCCUGGUUACCCUCACAGCCUGGUGGAGCUGGACAGCUCCCUCCCGAAAGAUGGCAUCGACACGGCGCUGCGCUGGGAGCCGGUUGGGAAAACCUACUUCUUCAAAGGGGACAAGUACUGGCGCUACAAUGAGGAGAAGCGCACAGUGGACCCAGGGUACCCCAAAACCAUCACUGUGUGGAAGGGAAUACCGGACGCACCGCAGGGAGCCUUCAUCAGCAGGGAGGGAUACUACACGUACUUCUACAAGGGGAAGGAGUACUGGAAGUUCGACAACCAGAAACUGACGGUGGAACCCGGCUACCCCAAGUCCAUUUUACGCGACUGGAUGGGCUGCGACCAGUCUGACAUGGAGCACUCCGGCAGCAAGGGUAACCGCGGAGACCGACAGCUGCCCCUUGAUGACGUGGACAUCAUGGCGACUAUAAACGAUGUCCCGACGACGGUCAACGCCAUCGCCGUGGUGAUCCCCUGCAUUCUGUCGCUGUGUAUCCUGGUGCUGGUGUACACGAUAUUUCAGUUUAAAAACAAAGGCGUGCAGCAGAACACCAUGACGCAGCACUACUACAAAUACCCAGUUCAGGAGUGGGUAUAACAGACUUUCCUUCAAAGAGGUCAAAGUUCAUGGAUUGAAGGGGGUCAAGCAGUGGUCAUACUGUUAGCUAGCUUCCGUUGGCUAAUAGCCAAGAACGCUAGUAAAAAAAACUAUGGAAUGUCAAUGCUGAAAGACGCUAAUUGUGCUAGCUAUUGAUAAAAGGGCGGACACUGAAGAUGCUCUGCGGGAGUAGAUUUAGACGCUGGCUCAAAGUGUGUGUAUGCAAGUGUGUGUGAGAGCAAGAUUUGUGCCUGUCUUGUGACACAAGCACGUCAGUGUAAAACAGGAAGGAUACUGAUUUGGGCUUUGUGCAAGACACGUGCAAAACAGACUGAGAACAGCGAGAACAAGUCCGCAAAGACUCCAGGAGGAUCUGAUUGGCUACGGACAGAUAACACUCCUGAUUUGCCCAAAACCUCCAUGGCUAAUACUGCGAUACUGAACUUUAACUAUUUCUUCUGGGACCUACAACACAACUCUCCUUCUCAGUGAAAAUAAAAAGAAAGAGGAUCUGGAGCAGAAAGAAGAUGCUCCAUAAAGCCAGACACCACCUCCAAGUUUGUUCUAACAACAACUUGUACACGUGAACUACUUCAACUAUCAAGUCAGAUGAAAUUUAAUGAAAAAAAAAAAGAAAAGAAAUUGUUUCAAAAUAUCAAACUUGAAGAUAAAAUGUAGGUAGAAAGGCCAUAACAAAAAGAAAACCAAGGAUCUCUUUGUGGAUCUCUGAAUUUUAUUUAUUUAUAGUCGUAUGAGCUGAAAAACUGUCAAAGAGGACCUUUUUCUCUCUUUUUUCACCACACACACACCACACCACAAGACACAUCUUCAUCACCAUUACAACUUAAAACACCCCUGCUUUGGUUUACACAGCUCGGACUGAUUGGUUUUAGCAGGUGUAGAAUAGCUGGUCAUCAGCGUAUAGUGAUAGAAUGACAGUUCAGCAGCCUUAUCUCUGUCUCAACAGGCCGAACACAUUUGCUUAUAUUUACCAAACUGCGAACAACCAGGGCUCGUGUGUAUCAAACUUACUCAGAGUGAAACUUCAUUAUAGUAUUUAGGGAUGUACGAUAUUGGAUUGAACAACUCAUUUGACCAAUAACUGAUACCGAUAUCGAUAUAUAUACACUUUUUUCUCUACCUAAUUUUAGUGAUCAUCAAGUCUCUUCUGUUGUGGAUUUAACAUCAUAUUUUGCAUACAUGCUCUUAUUGUGAGGCCCCACCAACUAUGAAAUACAAUACUUUUCAGUGCAUGUAAUAUUCAUUUAUUGUACAAAUUAAGAAAAGCAUGUUUGACGAUUCUCAUUUUAAAGCUGAUUUUGGCUGAUUCUGAUUACAUUUUGAUAUUAUCACGCAUCCCUAAUUA